AUGUCACCUUCCACGACUGCAUCGCCGCGAAGGGCAAGAGGAUCAGGAUCAGCUCCGGUCGACUGCACAUCUAUUGGUCGAACUUUAACAAGAAAAAGCACAAGAAGUCGACGGACACUGCCGUCGUUGCCCAGGAAGGUCGUGCCCAGAGUGAGAAAGGUCAGAAGAAGAUGA